CCACCACCAUCACGUCGACAAGAGACGAGCGCUGCGAUCGUCGCUUGCCUUGCCCACGCUAGCGCACCGAGAUGCAAACCCAGCAGUUUUUCUGUUGUUGGCGGCGGCGGUGGUGGUGGUGAUGGUGGAGCGCAAUUCGCGCCUUGUGCAGAGCCCUUCUCUCCCGGUCUCUCGAGGGGGAGGCAAAACGCGUCCGGCGGCGGAGUCGCCUCCGCCGCGCGUCUGGCGCCGCUUCUGCACGGCGAAUAUUGGGCCUGCUUCUCUGCCUGCUUGCUUGGCUGCUUGUGGAGGAGCAGGCUAUGCGGCCUAUGCAGGCUUUGCGGGCUAUGCAGGGUGGCUGCGUGGGUAGGGCUUGUGCUUGUGCUGCCCUGCUGCCCCGCUGUCUUCUUGCUGCGGUACGGAUUACGGUGCGUAUGUUCGCGUAUGGCUUACGGGCUUGCUUGCUUACUACGUGCGUGCGUGCGUGCGUGGUGGGAGUAAGUACGGAGAGGUACUGAGCACUACACUGCCGCUACUACUGUUCUCUGCAGUGGUGAUGGUGUUGCAGACGCGCAAGGCGUCAAGGCAUGGGCAUAGUACAAAUCCGUAACUACAGAAUGUAACUAUGGUACGGUAGGCAGGGCAACCCUCGCGACCCUCGCGACCCUUAUCUUUUUUUCGUUUCGCUCCUGUGCCAGACGGUGUUCGAUUCUGCCUACGGUACGCGACGCGUUGCGCGGCGGGGAGACCCCUGUCUCGCGGCGCGGGCUGGGCGGGAUGGAUGGGGCGGCUGAGCGGCAGGGUUGGCGCGAAGCUCCUCCCGUGCCGCUGUCGUGCCGCGGGUGCCUCGAACUUU